CUUCACUGGCGCUGCUGCUACUGCUGGUUCUAUCGAGCUCCUUCUGUCCUGCUGCCACCUCGGACCUGGUUCUGCCUCGCCUAGCUUGGGCUGUGCUGGGCCUAGCUGGGCUACUUUAUUAUUAACCCUAAGACCAGAGCUGAUUAACCCUCGUGGGGAGACUUUACAAUGUUACCAGGUCCGGCUAGGAUAGAUACAUUUACUGCGAGUUGCCUCUGUCAGUGCUGGGGAUCCAUGUGACAGUACGGUAAAUUACGAUUCAACAAAGAGGGCAACUUUUUGACACUUUCCUGAAUGGAUAAGUCUGGAGUGUCUUCCUUGCACUGCUGUAAAUGUUGCUUUAACGGAUGAUAGAAGAGCCAGCCAAACUGAUGACACUUGAACCAUUGAAAAGCUGCUUUCAUUAAAGAUUUCCACUAGCAGAAAUCCAGUCUGCUAAAAUGGAUGGAGAGGAAGAGCUCUCUCAGAAGACUGAAGAAGUGCACCUGGACCAUAAUGGUUCCUUGGAGAACAAGAGAAAAGAGGCCAAAGGAACCUGUUUAAAAAUCGAGGGGCAGGAUGGUUAUGUAUUUAAGUCGUACAGCAUGACUCCUCAUGAGUUUACAGAUGCAAAGGCAUCUCAUUCUCCCACUGAUACACUGGCUAAAGACUCUUCCUUGUCUUCUUCUACUACUUCUCCACCUUCUUCUUCGUCGUCUUCUUUGUCUUCAUCCCUUCUGGGGACACUGGAUAAUGUAUCUUCUCAGGUCGAUGGACAUCCAGGAGAGAGUCCAGAAGCAGAGAACUGCAGUAAGCAGAGCUCUCCAACUUCUCCUGUCAUCUUAAAUAAAAGCCAGAGCACUGAAUUAGACCAGGACAAUUCAGCAAGUGAAACCAGUCUACAUAUCAAAGAGGAACCAAAUGAAAUUUGUGAAAGUUCUCAGGAGGAUGACAGUUUGUAUUUUGACGGUACUGUAGGUCCCUUUGUCACAAAAUUUACUGAUGACGACUAUGGUAACCUGCUGAGUGGCUAUUCCAGUAUGUUUUAUGAUGUUGCAAUGGAUGCUGUCACACAAAGCCUUCUGUCCUCUAUUAGACAUCCUCUUAAUCCUAGAAAGAAAUCUCCUGCCUGGAACCAUUUUUUCAUAUCACCUCGGGAUAGUACCAAAGCAAUCUGCAUGUACUGUAUGAAAGAGUUCAGUCGGGGUAAAAACGAGAAAGACCUCAGCACUAGUUGUUUAAUGAGGCAUGUGCGAAGGGCUCACCCCACUGUGCUCUUACAUGACAGUGACUCUUUAAAUACGUCCAAUUCUGCCUCAUCAAUAUUACCUCCCAUUCAAGCACCAAAUAACGGAGACCUGGCAGCUAGCAUUAAACCCCACCUAAACAAUCACACCUCACCGUCCACCUCUUUAGCAGAACCAGCCACAGAUGUAGCACCCAAAGAGGCAUUGCAAAAGGUCAAGCCAAAAGUGGAAAAGAAUGCCAAGACCGACUCUGGCACAGUCCCUUCCCCACAUUCCAUCAACAACCACAACGAUGACGCCAUGGAUGUCAUUGUGACUGACUGCCCGAGCACAGCCCAUAAAAGCUCCAAUUCUCGAAGGCGUUCAGCUGUGUGGAAACACUUCUAUCUGUCUCCAGCCGACAGCUCAAAAGCUGUGUGCAUCCACUGCAUGAAUGAGUUCAGCCGGGGGAAAAAUGGGAAAGACCUGGGAACAAGCUGUCUAAUUCGCCACAUGUGGCGAGCCCACCGAGACAUUGUUAUUGAAGAAAACGGACAGGGCACCACCAUUCCGCCACCUUAUACCACGCCGCCAACACUACUGAUGAAGGGCCCUUUGAAAAUCAAAAAAGAGCCUAUCUGUAACUCCCCUGAAAACAUAUCCGAUGGAGUGUUGCCCAUCGAUGAUAGCGAAAGUAUGCUUUUAAAGAUGGAGCUGAAUGACACCUCAUAUCUCUCUGGACAGGACUCUUCACUCAAUGUAUCUUUCGACAUAAAAAGUGAAAACUUACUUCUGACGUCAUCUCCCGACAACUCUGCACAAGGCUCGGGUCAAGACCAAGUUUUCCAACAGAACAAAAAAAUUAUGAAACGAGUGAAAUCGGAAGUGUGGCACCACUUCAUCGUCUCCCCCGUUGACCAGCUCAAGGCUUUGUGUCGAUACUGUCCUUGUGUCAUCAGUCGCGGAAAGCGCGGUGACUUCGGCACAAGCUGUUUGAUGCGGCAUCUUGUGAGGCGGCAUCCAGAUGUCGUCAAGAGCCAAAAAAGCACAAGCCUCAAAGACUCUUCACUGCUGGCGCUCCACGAUUCUUUCGCUGCAGACGAGGAAAUGUCAGCAAGUGCGACUGACAGCCCUGCUAGCGGAAAGAAGAAACACAGUCUACCCAUGUUCAGCAAGAAGACGUCAAAACUGUGGAAUCACUUUUCUAUUUCUACUGGAGACCCAACGAAGGUGGUCUGUUUGCACUGUAACCGCACAAUAAGCCGGGGCAAAAAAACAACCAAUCUAGGCACUAGUUGCUUAUUCAGGCACAUGCAGAGGUUUCACGGACACAUGCUUGAAAAUAGUAGUAGUAUCUCAGGUGAUGUGUCAUCUGCUGCACUUGCAGUAAAGCAGGAGCUCAUGGACACUUCUGCGUAUGUGCAGCAAAAUAAGAAAUUCGAAGAUUGCCACCCAGUUGCCAAAAAAAUCACAAAACUCAUCGCAGAAAUGCUUGCACUGGAUCUUCAGCCUUCGACUGUGGUGGAGAAUGUGGGCUUGAACCGACUACUGGAUUAUCUCCAACCACAGUAUUCUGUACCCUCGUCGUCUUACUUCACCAGCACCGCCAUACCUGAAAUGUACGAGACUGUGAAGGAGGUUGUUCUGACUCACCUCAAGGAGGCAGAGAGUGGAAUUAUCCAUUUCACAACAAGCAUGUGGGUGAGCAGUCAAACUCGGGAAUACCUGACUCUUACAGCUCACUGGGUGACGUUCGAGUCUCGUGUCCGACCUCAGGGCCAAGACUUCCACUGCUCAGCCCUGCUUGGUGUCUCCCCAAUAGACUGUGAUUACAAUAUGUUGAGCAUUCAGAAGCAGCUUGAGUAUCUUUGGGACACAUGGAUUGCUUCCUCAGGCCUGAAAAUUGGAUUCACUGUAACUGAUAAUCAAGCCAUAGGAAAUGUGCUGAAGGACAGCAAUCACGCCAUCAUGCACUGUUUCGGUCACAACAUAGACCUCAUUGUUAACGAAGCCAUAAAGAGUCAGCGUAUGGUCCAGAACUUGCUAAGCAUUGCACGGAAGAUCUGCGAGCGGGUACAUCGCUCAGCAAAGGCAAAAGAGAGACUGGCGGAACUGCAAAAGGAAUACAACUUGCCUGAAAAUCAGCUGGUCCAGGAUGUUCCCUCCAAGUGGAAGACCUCAUAUUUCAUGCUCGAACGUCUGGUCGAGCAGAAGAAAGCCAUUGAUGAGUUGUCUUUAGAGUGCAACUUCAGGGAACUUAUAAGCUGUGACCAGUGGGAGGUGAUGCAGUCUGUUUGCAAUGCUCUGAAGCCCUUCGAGGUGGCCUGCCAGGAAAUGAGUGCUCACACUUCCACCCUUGGCCAAGUCAUACCACUCAUUCAUAUCCUCAACCGCAAGAUCGACAUGCUCUUUGACGAGACUAUGGGAAUCGACAACAUGCUCAAGUCUCUGAAAGAGGCCAUGGUGACCAGAAUGUCUCCCAUACUUCACGACACACGGUAUACCUGGGCAACCAUGCUGGACCCUCGGUACAAGACCUCCCUGUUCACUGAGGAGGAGGCAGAGCAGUGCAAGCAGGACCUCAUACGAGAACUUGACAAGGUAUCACUAGCUACUACCUCUCCAGACACUAAAACUCAACUGUCCAAUGGCUGCGUUGAGGUUCCAGCUUCGUCAGACGGCCCGUCCGGGAAGAAGGAAAACCUCUGGGCCCUGAUGGAUGGCAUCAGGCAAAAGAUCAAGCAAGAGGAGAGACCAAAGUCCCCAGAUCUCAUCGUUCAGGAAUAUUUGGAGGAAGAGAUUCUUGACCAGAGCUGCGACCCUCUGGACUAUUGGAAUCUUAAAAAGUUCCAGUGGCCCGAACUUGCCAAAGUAGCCGUACGUUAUGUGGGCUGUCCGCCCAGCAUUGUACCAGCAGAGACUCUGUUCAGCACGUCGAGCGCAAACUGUGCCCUGAGUCAGUCCCGACCAUUGCUAGAAAACCUUGAAGGACUCUUAUUUUUAAAGGUCAACCUUCCUUUGGUAUAUUUUCAAUACUGAUGACUCUCUUUUUAAAUGUAUGCAAGCUUAUUUCUUAGACACUGAUAAGAAAUAGACCCUUACCAAGGACCAAUUCACUACUGAGAUGGCCCUUUAAGAUAUUUUACACUGAGGUUUAGAUUUGGUAUACAGAUCGUAGAGAUCCAAGUUAAUUUAAAGAAAAAAAAGAAAUGUUUUGUAUGUGUACUACUGUUCAACACUUGAUAACUGGAGUUAGUCUUACACCAGGUGAAAAGUGUUUUCAGGGAGGGAUUUAGGAAGGGUGGGUAGGUGGGCUUUAGGAAGGGUUGGUGGGUUGGUUAGUGGGACGGGUUUAGGGUAAGGGGAGGAGAGGAGAUGCUUAGCUGUAGGGAUUGUUGUGUGUUGCUGUUCACUUUUUUUGUUGUUGUUUUUAUGGCCAGAUUGUUCUGUUCUUCUCUCUCUUCUUGUGCCUUAUAUAAACUACUUCAGGUCAAAAUGCUGUAUAUAUUAUCCGAUGUGCACAACACAUCAUGGUCUUCUGACGUAAUAUUGACUAUGUAAAAUAGAACGGGAUGCUGAAUACCUUUUUUUUUACUGCUAUUAUUAUUAUUAUUAUUAUUAAUAAUAUUAUUAAAUAAUGAACACAUGGCCCAAAAUUAAAUGCUGUGACUGAAAGAUGUUUAAAUGUUUGUAAUUUAAUAUUUUCAUUGUGAUAUUGUGGCUUAUGGUACUGUCCAUUAGAGUUAGUUUCUUUUAAACGUUAAAGUUUCUUAUGUAAUAUAAUGCUGUAAUUUCAGGGUGAGCUAUCUGUUUUGAUCAUGAAUUUUGCAAGCACAAAUGUCUCUUUUAUUUUUGUUUGUUUGUUUUCUGGGGUUUUAAAUUAUGGGUCAAUGUCAAGUUAAUGUACAUUUUAUAAAUAACAAUUUCCAAAACAAUUUUUUGCUAAAGAAUAAGCAUUCAGACUGGAACCAUGCAAUUUUUGUGGUUAUUUGGUAAUAAAAGGUUUACCCUUUAA